AUGCAGGGAGACUGGGCGCUGCUGCUGUUCUUGUUGGGUCUCAGGAUACAACUCUCCUUUGGUGUCAUCCCAGUGGAGGAAGAAAAUCCAGCCUUCUGGAACCAAAAGGCAGCCGAGGCCCUGAAUGUUGCCAAGAAGCUGCAGCCCAUUCAGACAUCAGCCAAGAACCUCAUCAUCUUCCUGGGGGACGGAAAGUCUGUGGGAGUGGUGACCACCACGUCGGUGCAGCACGCCUCUCCAGCUGGCACCUACGCACACACGGUGAACCGUGAUUGGUACUCGGAUGCAGAAAUGUCUGCCUCAGCGCUGCAGGAGGGCUGCAAGGACAUCUCUCUACAGCUCAUCUCCAACGUGGACAUUGAUGUGAUCCUCGGUGGUGGCCGCAAGUUCAUGUUUCCCAAGGGAACACCAGACCAGGAAUAUCCAGACAACGCUGGCCAGGCUGGAACCAGGCUGGAUGGACAGAACCUCGUUCAAGAGUGGCUGGCAAAGUAUCAGGGGGCCCGGUAUGUUUGGAACCGCACAGAGCUCAUUCAGGCGUCCCUGGACCCAUCUGUGACACACCUCAUGGGCCUCUUUGAGCCUGAACACAUGAAAUAUGACAUCUACCGAGACCCUACCCAGGACCCCUCCCUGGCGGAGAUGACAGAGGUGGCCGUGCGCAUGCUGAGCAGGAACCCCCGAGGCUUCUACCUCUUUGUGGAAGGGGGCCGCAUCGACCAUGGCCACCACGAAGUCAUAGCCUAUCGUGCACUGACUGAGACCAUCAUGUUCGACUCGGCCAUUGCUAAGGCGGACCAGCUCACCAGUGAGCAGGACACGAUGAUCCUUGUCACUGCUGACCACUCCCACGUCUUCUCCUUUGGUGGCUACACACUUCGGGGGACCUCCAUCUUCGGGCUAGCUCCCUUCAAGGCUCAGGAUGGCAGAUCCUUUACCUCCAUCCUAUAUGGCAACGGGCCCGGCUAUCAACUCCAGAAAGGUGUCCGGCCAGAUGUCACUGACAGGGAGAGCCGUGACCCCACGUACCAGCAGCAGGUGGCUGUACCGCUGUCCUCGGAGACCCACGGCGGGGGGGACGUGGCGAUAUUCGCGCGUGGCCCGCAGGCACACCUGGUGCACGGAGUGCAGGAGCAGAACUACAUCGCGCACGUCAUGGCCUUUGCAGGCUGCCUGGAGCCCUACACCGACUGCGGCCUGGCGCCCCCUGCCGGCCAGAGCAGUGCGGCGAGCCGGGGCCAGACCUCUGCCCUGAUGCUCCUGCUGGCAGGGACAAUGUUGAUGGUGGUGGCAGCUGAGCCCUGA